AUGCAGUCUGCAGAUGUUGGCCCUCGAAGCCCAGCUGCAGCUUAUCCCCCUUCUCCUCCACUUUCUAAUGCAUCCCACGACUCUGACGACUCCCUCGGCGCAUUGGAGCUAGCAGAAGGCUCUCUAGAUGCACAAGAGCACGACCGGCUAACUUCGCCGAGAGUUGGGCGAGGACGUUCCUACUCGGUGUCCGGAUUCGCAUUUGAGCAAGACAUGCUACCUCUGAGCGCUAGCCUCAGCGAACCGGAUUAUGGGAACGGUGAGACUGGGGAGAAGAACAUCAGUCUCUUGAAUGGUGUUGCGUUGAUCGUUGGGCUACAGAUCGGCUCUGGGAUAUUCUCAUCACCUGGUGUGGUGGUUGCCAACACGGAUAGCGUAGGUGCUAGCCUCGCGGUAUGGCUAGCAGCAGGCUUGCUGGGAUGGACUGGAGCAAGCAGUUUUGCCGAGUUGGGCUCGUCGAUACCCGUCAACGGCGGAGCACAAGCAUAUUUGGCCUACGCGUAUGGUCCACUGACCUCCUACCUGUUCGCCUGGACAGCUAUAUCCGCGCUGAAGCCGGGUGGCAACGCCGUCAUAGCUCUCAUAUUUGGCGAAUACCUUAACCGGCUGUUCUGGCACGCCACUGCGUCCAGCGAAGCUGCGCCGGACGAGAUUCCUGACUGGGCUAUCAAGUUGACGGCCAUUGGUGCAAUAUUACUGGUGACGCUUCUAUGUGUCGCGACCAAGAACCUUGGGACUCGGGCUGCAGUGGUAUUCACCACUGCCCAGGUCUCGAUAACGGUCCUCGGAAUCGUUCAGCUGAUUAGAGGGAAAGCCUCUACGUCUUUCAGCCAGCCAUCUCAGCUGUUUACAGGAUCUUCGACAUCGCCGUCUUCUUAUGCGCUCGCGCUGUACUCCGGGUUGUGGGCUUUCGAUGGAUGGGAUCAAGCCAACUACGUCGGCGGCGAGAUGAAAAAUCCUCAGAAGAACAUUCCCCGCGCGAUUCACUCCAGCAUGGCUAUUGUCACCUGUCUCUUUUUGCUUGCGAACGUUUCAUAUUUUGUAGUCUUAGAUAAGAACGUGGUGGGCCAGAGCAAUACGGUCGCCUUGGAUUUUGGUCGAGCACUUUUAGGUCCUUUGGGCGGAAGCAUAUUUGCUUUCACGGUGGCAUUUUCUUGUUUCGGAGCCUUAAAUGGCUCUUUCUUCACGUCGGCACGCCUCAUCUACGCGGCGGGUCGGGAACGAUAUCUACCCGCGAUGUUCGGGAAGUUGCAUCGUACGAGACAGACGCCGCUCAAUGCGAUGCUGCUUCAGGCAGCGAUGACCAUCACAUUCAUCGCCAUUGGCGGAGGAUUCCGGAGGUUAAUCAACUUCGCCGUGGUGGCGAGCUGGGCGUUCUACUUCCUGACGGUGUUGGGACUGGUGAAACUACGGAUCCAAGAGCCUCUACUAGAAAGACCAUACAAGACUUGGAUAAUCACGCCUCUCACAUUCUGCGCUGUUUGCGUGUUUCUGUUAUGCAUGCCUAUAAUCGCAGCACCACUAGAAGCUAUGGCCGUCGCUGGAUUCGUACUGGCCGGCAUCCCUGUAUACUACAUAACCCACCGCUGGAUUGUGACGGGCGUUGCGCGGAUACGCGGACGAUCACCGCGCGGAGAAGGAUGGCAGGCUGUUGCCACCGAUGGCGACGAGCUAGAAAUGAGAGAAAGCGGUUCAAGGAGGUAG